UGACUAGCCCAGGUCCCAUGUCCCAGCUUUCCAAAUCUCUUGAUCGGGGUGGGUUUUUUCCGACGAUUAAAUACUAGUUGUCCGGCAAAUACACCGGAAACCCACCGGCGAAAUGCCAGGACCAGGUCCACACAUGAUGUAUGCUCUGGCUACAGGCCUGGCUCUCAUGAGCGUCUCUAAUGGCAGAUUCAGCCCUCAUCACUGCAUCGUAUACGCACUCAACGCCUUUUUCGGCCCUGACAUCGGGUCGUUCGCCGAGUGGCUGACGUCCACCGUUGGCUUGGGUGGUGUAUUCGGAUCCUCCGUCGAAACUUACAUUCACGAUCCCUUCUUUUACGUUUUGAUCCUCGGAGUUCCUCUUUCGUUACUCUACGCUCGUGCUUCACGAUUUUUCAUCUCCAAGGGUUAUCUCGAUUCCAUCUCAGGGAUCCCCCUUACCUUGAACCAAUGUUUCUUGCUCAUAUCAGCUGGUUCUUUAUCCCACUUCUUCUUAGAUCACCUGUUUGAGGAAAAUGGGCAUUCAACCAUGUACACUUGGAUACUGAGUACUGGUUGGUGGAAAGGCCGUGCUCCUGUUAAUCCAGAUGCUGUUGUUGUAAUUGGAUUUCUCUGCACCUGCUUAAUAAUCGGCUUCAUUCGAAUCAACAGGAUAAAGGCUGAAAAAUCUAUCAGAAAACAAUUGAUUAACUCUGGUAAGCUUCUCAUAGCGAUUGCUAGUGUCUACUGCUUAUGGUGUGCGAGCCAAAUAUACAUGGUGAAUCCUCCAAGACCAGCAGUUGGUGAAGAAGCAGAUCUUGGAGUGAUUUUGUUUCUAGCUGUUUACUUCUUCCUUCCACAUAGCUUAUGCAUCAUGUCAAUGAACCAGGCUGAACGACUCCCUCUUUAGCAAUGCCCUUCAUUCAUUGUAAUAUUCUCAACAUGAAUUUUUGAAACAUUCAUGAGUAUUUUUUGGUGGUCUUGUAGAGAAAUUGUGUUAUUAUUA